CUUCUUUUUAUUUAUCUCUUUUUUCCUUUCCUUGCCCGAGAGGCUUCAGGGCGCCUUCCUCUUAGUGUAUAAAAGCCGGUCCUCGACAGUCGUUCGGCACUCUUGGUCUCUUUGUCUCACGGACAACAUCUCACCAUGAACGCCGUUAUCGUACUUCUCGGUCUCGUCUCCGCCGCGUCCGCCGGCUUCGUCGGUGGAUAUGGUGGCUAUGGCGGCUACGGCGGCCUCGGAUAUGGCGGUUAUGGCGGUUAUGGCGGUCUCGGAUACGGAGGCGUAGCCGUCGCUGCUGCUCCCGCCGUGGCCGUCGCUCGCCCCGUGGCUGUGGCUGCCCCAGUGGCCGUCGCUCGCCCCGUCGCUGUGGCCGCCCCUGUGGCCGUCGCUCGUCCCGCUGUUGUCGCUGCCGCCCCCGUCGGCCUCGGCUACGGAGGCUUCGGCUACGGAGGCUACGGCUACGGUGCCGGUCUUGGCUACGGAGCCGGUCUCGGAUACGGACAUGGCGUCGCCGUCGCUGCCGCCCCCGCUGUCGCCGUCGCCCGCCCCGUCGCUGUGGCUGCCCCAGUGGCCGUCGCCCGCCCCGUCGUCCAUGCUGCCCCUGUCGCUGUCGCCGCUGCUCCCGCUGUUGCCUACGGCGCUGGCUAUGGCUACGGCGGUCUCGGCUAUGGUCACGGUCUCGGCUACGGCCUUGGUCUCGGAUACGGCCACGGUCUCGGAUACGGCCACGGUCUCGGCUACGGCGUUGCCCUCAAGAAGUACUAAGCGGUUUCAUCACAUUAGGAUCUCAUGCGUUCACCUCCUCCCCUGUGGUGGAUUCCCAUGGAUUCCAUUGCCAAAAAGUUUCGCUUCACAAGUCACAGAAAGCGACCAAGAUUGUGUUCAAAAUAAAUUGUUGGGGUUAUGACGGGAUGCGUUUUCCCAAAACGAAAAACAAAA